UUAAGAUUUUCAUUUCAUUCUCAAACAAAAUCCAAGUUGAACAACAAAACCAAAAGAAAGAAACAAAAAUAUACUUAUUCAUUGAUUAGUUUCAAGUUUAGGAACAAGAAUCUCAUCACUAAAAUAUUCAAUUUUCUUCACUUAUUGUAUCAUUUAGUUUACCCAUAUCCAAUGUUGCACUCUCUCUUACACCACAAUCACCAAUUUUACUUCCCAAACCUCCCUGUUCCCCUCAAAGCCCCUCAUUUUUCUUCACCAACUCUUCUACAAAAAUCCACUAUUAAUUCUCAUACUGUUUCAGCCAUUAAUCCUUCUCAAGAAGCACUUUCACCGUGGAUAACCAAACUCACCACUGCAACCGUGGAUUUAAGCACUUAUUUUAGUGAUAUAGAUGAAUCUUCUUCAAUUCAAGUAACUUUCAGUGUAGUUCUUUCUGUGGCCAUUGCUGUAUUCUUCUUUCCCACUAUCCAGCGCCGGAUCAAAAAAGCAAAACAAUUGAAAUAUAGGUCUUCUGGUGGUGUGAAGAAGUCAUCUUUCAAGAAAUCUAAGAAAAAACCAUCACCUGAUCAAGCAUUGUUAGGAGCAGUUAUGGCUGGUGUUAUUGCUGUUAUUCUCUAUAAAUUCACAACAAAUAUAGAAGAAGCUCUAUAUCGCCAAACAAUUUCAUCAAAUAAUUUCUCGGUCCGACAGAUAACAAUCACCAUUAGGACAGUAAUAAAUGGCUUAUGUUACCUUGCAACAUUUGUGUAUGGCAUAAACUCUUUUGGUUUAUUGCUUUAUUCUGGCCAACUUGCCCUCAACACCUAUGUGGAAAGCUCAUCAAGUGAAAAGAAAAUUGAAAGCAAAAUUAUGGAGCAAUCAUACUUAUCUAAUUCAAUAGAUGAGAAGCCAACAAAUAGCAACACCAAUGAAGAUCAAAGUUCAAAUAAUUCACAAUAAUUAAAAUUAAAUAGUUACUACAUGUUGGUUUUUCAAUAGUGCUACUUAGGGUGUCUUCUUUAUACAUGUGCAUAUAAUGUUUGUGAAUGUAAAUAUAAUAUAUAGCAUUUACACUAGGUUUGCCAUAUGUUUCAAACAAAUUGUUCUUGUUUUAUUCAACAAAAAAAAAAUUGUUCUUGUUUUCUA